UCAUAAUAGCACGACUGAAGCUCAUUAUAGUUCAAUGCUGGAGCUGUCAAGUACAGCAGAGGUUGGAGGAGAGAGGGUUUGCGAAUUGCACGCAAAAAAACUGCAUGAACUAGCUGCUGGCAUGUUUUUGAUAAGAAUUGUAGUGUGGCGAACUCCUUGCAGAGUGUUUGGUUCUAAACCCGGUGUGAGAAUGACCCUGCAGAAUGGGCUGGUGUUACCUGCUGCCAAAAACUGUUCCCAUGCAGUCCCAGUAGCUAGCACAGCAGACUACAACAACAGGAACACCCUGAGAUGGGACCUGACCCCAGACCAGAUCAAGAACAUGACAGAGAGCCUGGUCCAGAGGAUCAAACAGGUCUACGAUGACAUCGGAUCUCUGGAUGUAGAACAAGUGUCCAUUAAAAACACCUUAAAAGCCCUGGCCAAUGCCAAAUUAGAAUAUGCAGCACAGCGCCAUGUUUUGGAUUUUCCCCAAUACGUGUCUGCUUGUAAGGAGGUGCGCUCAGCGAGCACAGAAGCAGACAAGAAGCUGUCUGACUUUGAUGUGGAGACAAGUAUGAGGGAAGAUGUGUUUCACAGAGUGAUUGCCUUGCAGGAGAAGCAGCUGGACAAUCUAACGCCUGAGGCCAAGAGAUUCUUAGACCGUCUUAUCACAUUAGGGAAGAGGAAUGGAUUGCACUUGUCAAAGGAUAUACAGGAGGAAGUCAAAAGAUUGUCAAAACUCAUCAAUGAACUCUCAAUCGACUUCAACCAAAAUCUAAAUGAGGAAAACACGUAUCUAAUAUUCAGUGAAAAUGAACUAAGUGGCCUAGCGGAUAGCUAUCUGAAUGGUCUGGAGAAGACUGAGGACAGGCGGUACAAGGUAUCCUUGGCAUACCCUCACUACUACCCUCUGAUGAAGAGGUGCCACAUGGCUGAGACCAGGAGGAAGAUGGAGACUGCUUUCCAUAGCAGAUGUAAGGAGGUAAACACAGUCAUUCUGGAGAAGCUGAUUGAGCUGAGGUCAAAGGUGGCACAGCUACUGGGUUUCAGUACCCACGCCAACUGUGUGCUUGAGAUGAACAUGGCCAAGAAUACCAACAAUGUGGCAUGCUUUCUAGAUGAGUUCUAUGCUAAACUGAAGCCGGUGGGAAUCAAGGAAAGGAAGUAUAUCCUGGCCCUGAAGAAGAGGGACUGUGCCAUGCGGGGAAAGGCCUUCGAUGGACAGAUCAACGCCUGGGACCUGCCCUACUACAUGAACCAGGUGGAGCAGGUGAAGUUUGCUGUAGACAAGGACAAGCUGAUUGAGUACUUCUCUCUGGAGGUGGUGACAGAGGGGUUGCUCAGUAUCUACCAGGAACUGCUUGGCCUUAACUUUAAGCAGGUAACCAGCGCCCACGUGUGGCACGACAACGUCAGCCUCUACUCUGUACUGGACACGGCCACUGGGGAGGAGAUCGGCCGGUUCUACUUGGACCUGCAUCCCAGAGAAGGGAAGUACGGUCAUGCUGCCUGCUUUGGGCUCCAGCCGGGCUGCCUGGGGCCUGAUGGGAAACGUAUGCUGCCGGUUGCGGCCAUGGUGGCCAACUUCACCAAGCCUACGAAAGGUUGGCCCUCUCUGCUGCAGCACCACGAGGUGGAGACCUUCUUCCAUGAGUUUGGCCACGUCAUGCACGAGCUCUGCUCUAGGACGACGUUCUCAGAGUUCAGUGGGACCCUGGUGGAGACAGACUUUGUGGAGGUGCCAUCUCAGAUGCUGGAGAACUGGGUAUGGGAGAAGGAGCCCCUGAGGAGGAUGUCUCGCCACUACAAAGACGGCAGCCCCAUCCCCGACAACCUGCUCAACAAACUCAUCGCCUCCAGAGUCGCCAACACAGGUCUGAUGAACCUGCGUCAGGUAGUGCUCAGUAAAGUGGACCAGUCUCUGCACACCAAGUCCCAUGCCGACACUGCCGAGGUGUUCGCCAAGCACUGCCAAGACAUCCUGGGGAUCCCCGCUACUCCAGGUACAAAUAUGACAGCUAGUUUUAGUCACUUGGCUGGGGGCUACGAUGGCCAGUACUAUGGCUACCUGUGGAGCGAGGUCUAUUCCAUGGACCUCUUCUUCAGUCGUUUCAAAAAGGAAGGAAUCAUGAACCCCAAGGUGGGGAAGGAGUACAGGAGGGUGAUUCUGGAGGCUGGUGGUUCUGUGGAUGGAAGGGACAUGCUGAAGACCUUUCUGGGUCGUGAACCUUGCCAGGAUGCCUUCUUUCAAUGCAAGGGAUUGGCCAAAACUGAGGGAACACUGAAUGGUUGUCACUGACUCCCUCUCACUCCACAUUAAAGGGAUAUUUGGGGAUUUGGGCAAAGAGGCUCUUUAUCUACUUCCUCAAAGUCAGAUGAACUUGUGGAUACCAUUUUUAUGUCCCAGUAUGAAGGAAGUUGGAGGUAGUUUUGCGAGCCAAUGCUAACGAGCGUGAGUACAAUAACUGGAAGUCUAUGGGUAUUUGCUAGCAUGUGAGAUCUGUGGCCUCCCGGGUGGUGCAGUGGUUAAGGGCGCUGUACCGCAGCGCUAGCUGUGCCACCAGAGACUUUGGGUUCGCGCCCAGUCUCUGUCGUAACCGGCUGCUACCGGGAGGUCCAUGAGGCGACGCACAAUUGGCCUUGCGUCGUCCGGGUUAGGGAGGGCUUGGCCGGUAGGGAAAUCCUUGUCUCAUCGCACACCAGUGACUCCUGUGGUGGGCCAGGUGCAGUGCACACUAACCAAGGUUGCCAGGCGCGCGGUGUUUCCCCCAACACAUUGGUGCAGCUGGCUUCCGGGUUGGAUGCACGCUGUGUUAAGAAGCAGUGCGGCUUGGUUGGGUUGUGUAUCAGAGGACGCAUGACUUUCAACCUUCGUCUCUCCCGAGCCUGUUUGGGAGUUGUAGCGAUGAGACAAGAUAGUAGUUACUGGAUUGGAUACCAUGAAAUUGGGGAGAAAAAGGGGUAAAAAAAAGAGAUUACAUCUGUUGUUCAUGCUAGCAGAUACCCAUAGACUUCCAGUCAUUGUGCUAACACUAGUUAGCAGUGGCUUGCGAAACUACUUCAAACUGACAAUAUGAUGACAAUAUUUUUUGCCUUCACUUGACUUUUUCCAAAUGUUGUUGUGCCUGAAUUUAAAAUGGAUUCAAUUUUGAUUUUAUGGCACUGGCCUACACACAAUGCCCCAUAAUGUCAAAGUGGAAUUCAGUUUUUCUAUUAAUUAAAAAUUAUGAAAUGUCUUGAUUCAAUAAGUAUUCAACCUCAAUAAGUUCAAGAGUAAAAGUGUGCUUAAUAAGUAACAAAAUAAGUUGCAUGACUACCUCAUCUCUGUACCCCACACAUACAAUUACCUUUAAGGUCCCUCAGUCAAGCAGUGCAUUUCAAACACAGAUUCAACCACAAAGACCAGGGAGGUUUUCCAAUGCCUCAAAAAGAAGGGCACCUAUUGGUAAAGGGGUAAAAAUAAAAACAGACAUUGAAUAUCCCUUUGAGCAUGGUGAAGUUAUUAAUUACACUUUGGAUGGUGUAAUUUUUCCUGAAUACAAAGUGUUAUGUUUUGGGCAAAUCCAAUACAACAUGUUACUGAGUACCACUCUCCAUAUUUUCAAGCAUAGUGGUGGCUGAAUGUUAUGGGUAUGCUUAUAAUCGUUAAUGACUGGGGAGUUUUUCAGGAUAAAAAAUAAACAGAAUGGAGCCAAGCACUGGCAAAGCACUGGUAAAACCUCGUUCAGUCUGCUUUCCACCAGACACUGGGAGAUGAAUCAUGUUUUACUUAAGUUUAUUUGAGUAAAUGCACUUUUUCUUCUUAAAACCUCAUUGUUAAGGGCUUGUAAGCAAAAAUGUCACUGUAAGGUCUGCUGUACACCUGCUGUAUUCGGCGCAUGUCACAAAUAACAUUUUAUUUGAUUAAAGACACAAGGCCAAAUCUACACUGGUGUUACUUACCAAGAAGACAGUGAAUGUUCCUGAUGAACCGUUUUGACUUAAAUUUACUUGAAAAUAUAUGGCAAGACCUGAAAAUAUUUGUCUAGCAAUGAUUAACAACCAAUUUGACAUUGCUUGACGAAUUUUGAAAAGAAUAAUGGUCAAAUGGUGCACAAUCUAGAUGUGGAAAUCUCUUAGGGAUUUACCCAGAAAGACUCAUAACUGUAAUCAUUGCCAAAGGUGCUUCUACAAAAUAUUGAAUACUUAUGUAAAUUAGAUAUUUCGGUAUUUCAUAUUCAAUAAAUAUGAAUACAUUUCUAAAAA